AUGAUAAUCCGAACCCAUUCAUGGAGGCUGAAGAAACGCAUUUAUCAUGUGGAAGAUAAAACAAUGGAUGCUUUUGUCAUGAUAGCUAAAGUUCACAGAGUUACAUAUGACAAUGCCUUUGACGUAGAAGAGAAUGACAUCGAUAUUAAACAAUCAGACCCAAUUUCGACGGAAUCUUUGUUGGAUGAAACAUUGUUCUCUCAAAUCCUGGAUCAAUUCCUCUCUACAGUUCGAAUCAAGACGAGUGAAGUCUUUGGAGACCAUAAUCGCAUUCUAUCUAUUUGUCGUGCAAUGACGAGUAUUGACACAAUAAUUCGCAGUACUACUGCGGUGCCUGUUUUUAUCAUGGACAUCUCGAUUGUGAUAAAGCCGGAUGUGAUGCCAAUGAGGGCUCUAAGGAAUCCGGAUGAGACACCAAUGAGGAGGGCUCUAAGGGAUUCAAUGGUAGAGGAUGUAGUGCGGACUGUACCGGCAAAAAAAUCAUCGGUGGCGGCCUUACAGACGGAGAUGCUACUUGACGGUUGUUCCUCCAUGGAUCAAUGUGUCAUCUGCUUCGAGGAGUUUCGUAUUGGAUUUGAUAUGGUUACUCAUUUGCCGUGCAAUCAUAUCUACCAUAGAGACUGCAUUUUUCGUUGGCUAGAGACCAGUUACUUUUGUCCGGUUUGUCACUAUGAGUUUCCAACCAAUUGA